AUGGCGCCUCGCAGCCUUGCUUUGGCUCUUCCGGCCGCCGGCCUGGUGGCUGCCCCGCUCUUCGUGCCCGGCGCCACGCCGAGCGCCCCAGCACCCCGCGCGGCUCCGCAUGCCGCAGAGGCGCCAAGUGCCAGCAGCAGCGGCCUCUCCGCGCUGACCGUCGGCACCGUGGCGAGCGCAGGCGUGUUGGUGGCGGCACUGUCGCGCUCCUCCGUCAGGUCCUCUCAGCCCCGCGUGGCCCGGAAGUUCUUCGGCGGUGAGAGCACUUCUUACGCCAGCUUCGACCCCGCCACGGAGAUGGGUGUGCAAGAUCCUGUGGGAUUUUGGGAUCCCCUCGGUCUUAGCGCAGACAAGGACCAGGCCACCUUCAAGCGCCGCCGCGCCGUGGAGAUCAAGCACGGCCGCAUCGCCAUGUAUGCGACCAUUGGAUAUAUCGUUCCUGAGUACUUCCGAUUCCCAGGCUACUUGUCGCCCUCCUUGGGCCUGAAGUUCUCGGACAUGCCCAACGGUCUUGCAGCCCUUUCGAAGCUACCCGUGCUCGGUGGUGCGCAGAUCAUCGCUUUCGCCGGGCUCAUUGAGACCACAGGCUUCUUCCAGGCAGCUUCCACCACCGAUGGCCGUGGUCCUCGCGAGGGCCAGUUCUCCAUGAAGGACUCCACCGAGAGUGGCGAGCCGGGCAACUACGGCGUCGGCUUCCCCAACUUUGUGGGCAAAGUGGAGGACCCGGAGGAGCGCAAAAAGAAGCUCGCAGCAGAGCUUGCGAACGGGCGUCUGGCGAUGAUGGCCAUCAUCGGCAUGUUCUUCCAAGAUGGUCUCACCGGCUCCGCGUGGGGAGACUGGAGCCUGUACACCGCCUCGCCCUUGAGAGCUGAGCCCGUCUCUGCUGCUGCGGCAGCGGCUGCUGCCAAGGCGGCCGCCGCCGCCAAGGGCGCCACAGCGACCACUUCGGCUGUGGCCGGCACUGCUGGUGCUGGCUCCCUCUCCAAGGGCGAGGGUGUGGUUGGCAAGAAGGGCCCCAGCCCAUCUUUCGACCCAUCCACGCAAAUCGGAGCCAUGGCUCCGCUUGGCUUCUUCGACCCCGCAGGGUUUGCCAAGAAGGGCGACGAGGACGGCUUCCGCACCCUGCGUGCCGCCGAGAUCAAGCACGGCCGUGUUGCGAUGAUGGCAGCGCUGGGUGCCGUGGUGCAGCACUACGUGAAGUUCCCGGGCUUUGACUCCGUGCCCACCGGCCUGGCCGCGUCCAUCACCGCUCCCGGCAGCUACGGCUUCGUGGCGCUCUUCGCCGUGGCGGGUAUCUUGGAGCUCGGUGCCUGGACCGAGAGCCCCGACAAGGAGCCAGCGAGAUCUCGUUGCGUGGCAUGCUGCCGGUCGCACAAAAAACACAAGAACAAACAAAUAAACCAUUAA